CGCCGUCCUCUUCUCUUAUCUUAGCUGUUGUGCUGUUCAAUAUCGAAGCCACUUGGCGGCAAUUUCAAGGGUUUUCCACAUCCCUUCAUUCCCUGUAUCUCUCUUCUUUUCAAUCAAGGUUUGGCUUCACAGUGUAUUAACUGCAGGUUAAUGAAAUACUCUUCCUAAGAAGAAGAAGAAGAAGAGGAAGAACAAAUCAGUAAGAAGAAGAAGAAGAAGAAGGAGAAGAAGAAGGAGGAGGAGGAGGAGGAGGAGAAGACAAGAUGGAAGAGGAGAAGGAGAUGGCUGUGGAGUGGAUGUUGGAACUGUGAAUCGAUGAGCAAGUAAACAUUGGAAGAAGGGAGAGAAGGAAUAUCAACCGGGAGACGGAGGGAGUAGAGAGGACAUGUGUCCCCACCAUGCUACUGAUCAUCUGAGAGAACUGGAGUUGGAUUUCCUGUCAUCAUGUCAUGAAUCUCGAGCAUGGAAGCGAGUUACGUGGCAGUGUGCGAGAGUUCUGUGAGUGAUGACGAUCAAACUGCGUAUCCUGCUUAGCUCGCUCGCAGAAUGAGGACAAGAUAUGCUGACACUUGUUUAUUCUUGGCUACAUCGACCUGUGCGAUCGAGAUAUGGAUGCAAUAGAAGCUAAGUCUUCUGCUCGGGCCACAAGGGCUAAAAACCUCAGGCAUAAGGGCCACGGAAAAGGCGGGAGGGGUCACAAUCAAGGUGGUGGGGACCACAACAAGGUGGGAGGACGAUUCCUUGAGGACUCUUCACCCUUUGCCUCUGAAGCACAGAGGAGGGAAAGAGAGCCAUUGGCGGGAAAGACGUUCUAUGACGGCAGUACGCGCGCUAACGUUGCUAAGACUAGUGUGGCCAAGCAUGGUCUAACAGAAGGAAGAGGAGGAGGAGGUGGAGGAGGAGGAGGAGGGUCUGUGGAGCCUGUGAUCGAUGAUCGCUACAGCCGGGAUAGUGAUGCUGUAUGGAGGGCUGGAGGGACUGCAGUAGGCCGAACUGCGUCUUCUGGCAGCAGAAUUGGACUGAACAUUUGGCAGUCUGACGAUGAUGGUAAUCUCGCAAAAGCAUCUCGUACCAAAGAAGGGAAGGCAGAAGAAGAGGGUGACAAUUGGCAUUGUCGACGUGAUGAUGACAUUCUAUAUGACGCAGAUGAGCGAUUGUCCAGUAAAGAAGCAGCAGAAGUAGGAGGCACAGCGGCAUUGCUUGCAGGUGCGGAGCAGGGAGGGCAGGCGUUCAUUGCAGUGCCUGUCUCAAGCCAAGGAGAAGACUAUGCAGCCCUGCUUGAACACCAGUUUGGGGACUUUUCGUUCACAGCAACAGCUCGGUUAAAGUCCUCUUGGAGAUUCUCUUGCAGAUGGGAGGAUGGGGAUCCCAACGAUCCUCUCUGUCGGGAUAUGUUCCUACCUUAUCAAGAAGAAGGGUCAUCCAAGGCAGCAGAGGCUUCACAGAGGGAACCCAAGGAAGACCUGCUCUCUGUGGAUGUAGACGACCUUGCUGAUGCGCUGGCAACCAUGCCAUGGUCCUUUUGUCUUUCGGUUGAGGAUGAGAUCCUUCCCCAGGAGAUGAGGAGGGGGAGACCAGCUGAACCCUCUUCUAGUCUAGAAGCAUCUAGUCCUCGGAGGAGCGAUUCCAUCGAACACACCGAACGCGCGAAGGAGGCUGAUAUGACAACAAUGUCUGGCAGAGACGAGGGAUCUGCUCGCAAGAAAUUUGAUGCAUUGUCCGCUGAGGGCGUUGAGGGAACAGGAUGGAUGCCAAAGAACCCUCUUCACGCUGUGGAACAUGUAACUGCGAUUGCGAUGACAGCAGAUUCUCGCAAAAAAGUCGAAAUGGCAUCGUCAUCUGGUGAAGGAAGGACAAUGUUGACAAAUCAUUCGGAUCUGAUGUGGACCUCGACUUCAGUAGAGAGACAUACUGCCGCCUCUCCAAUCCCUGGAGCAAGCGAUGACGAGGGGUUGGUAAAGACCCCCGGCAAAUCAGAUGAACAAUGGAGGGAGCAGAAGGCCUUGUCCUAUAAUACCCCUGCGGCAGCGGGACCACAGGGGGGGUUGUGGAGGAAUAGACAUCAGGAAAGGGGGAGACCUACCUCCUUGCAGGAGGAGGAGAGCAAGGCAGCCGCCGCUGCCACCACCGCGACUCGCGUUAGUCCCCCAGAUGAUGGUUCGGUCUUCUCACCGUCGUCGGCCGAUCUCGGCAAGGGUGUACGGCCGGUCCCCCGAACUAAUAAGGGAAAUCACCCUGACUUCAAGAAAGCCCCGUCGAAAGAGAGAGAUAUGUGGGGUAAGGAUGAAGAAGGAGACCUGUGGCGAGGUGAGGUUUUGUCGGGUGACAGCAAGCUAGUAGCAAGUAAUAACCAAAGAGUCACAUCUACUAGUCAAGUGACCGGAAACUACAGUGGUACUAAGGCCAGUGCAGAGGGGCAAAAGCAGCAUGGUGAUGCUAUUUUUAGAAACAGAAUUGGGACAGAAUCCAGGAUCACAAGUAGCAGAUCAACUGUGGAUGUAGGGGGGAGCCCAGGCUGCCUGAGGCCAGAGGAUGAGCUUGAUGACCUCCUGGAUGUCCUGGACGGCACGUCUGUGUCUGGUCUGCGGUUGCUACGCAGGGAGAUACCGGCCACAGCUACCCAGUCAGACCCGUCCGCGGUGGCUGGUGCAGUUCGGCUGCCAGGUCGACCCCGCGUUAUGGGUCCUCUAUCAGGACCAAGACAAGAGCCGUCGUGGUCUGGCGGUGCCAAUGCCACCAGACAGUCGGGGGGCUUCCCAAAACCAGGAGCUAUGGUAAAUAAGAAGUACGAUGAGGUGGGGCAAAUUGGCACCAGUGGGCAAAGAGAAACGACUACUCAGGUGCGCCCUCCUCUGCCUACAGGUUGGCCACAGAACCAACGACCAAACCAACAGCAGCAGGCAGAUGGUUUGGGCUUUAUGACAUCCCUCCCAAAUACUCUAGCCGCCCCACAGAAGCGUAUGACAGUCAAGGAUUCCCCUUUGGGUGUAAGUACCGGGGUUAAUGAAGGGCCCAGAGGAAAAAUGAAAGCCAAUCUCAGGCCAAUUCCACAAAUGAACAUUCCCGCUACUGCUCCUGCUCCUGCUCCUGCUCCUGCUGCUCCUGCUGCUGCGGCUGCUUCUGCCAUUGAUGAUGAUGAAUUUGAUGCAUGGUUUGAUUCAAUCCGUUAAAUCAAGAGCCAUUGAUUGUCAAUGGGUGAGGUCAAGAGCUCAUACUCGA